UUUCGGAUGAGCUGAAAGCCAUGGUGGACGAUGACUUGGAACCGGAGGAGACAGCAAUGGAUGGAGAACCUUCUGCAAAAUACGCCUGUCCAGAAAAGGACUUUGGCAAGAAUUGCCAGAGCUAUCAGAACUCUCCGGCGGCUGAAUUUUCCAGCCAUGAAAUGGACAGCGAGUCCCACAUCAGCGAGACGAGUGAUCGAAUGGCCGACUUUGAGAGUGGGUCUAUCAAAAACGAGGAGGAGAGCAAAGAGGUUUCCAUAGCGCUGGAAGAAUCGGUGGCAUCGGACAGCCUGGAGCAGAUGAAGGCUGUCUACAAUAACUUCCUCUCCAACUCCUAUUGGUCCAACCUGAAUUUGAACCUCCACCAGCCAGCCGUUGAGAAAACCAACGGCAGCAGUAGCAGUAGCAGCAGCAGCAGCAGCAGCUGUGGCAGCGGGAGCUUCGAUUGGCACCAGACCGCCAUGGCCAAAACGUUGCAACAAGUAUCGCAGAACAGGAUCCUCCCCGAGCCCAGCCUUUUUAGCACAGUUCAGUUGUACAGGCAGAGCAGUAAACUUUACGGAUCCAUCUUUACCGGAGCCAGCAAAUUCCGCUGUAAAGACUGCAGCGCAGCCUACGAUACUUUGGUGGAAUUAACGGUGCACAUGAACGAAACGGGGCAUUAUCGAGACGACAACCACGAAACGGAUAACAACAACCCCAAACGAUGGUCGAAGCCCCGUAAACGCUCCUUGCUUGAAAUGGAAGGUAAAGAAGAUGCCCAGAAAGUAUUGAAGUGCAUGUACUGUGGCCAUUCCUUUGAAUCGCUUCAAGACUUGAGCGUGCAUAUGAUAAAAACAAAACAUUACCAAAAAGUGCCUCUGAAGGAACCCGUAACCCCUGUAGCAGCAAAAAUCAUACCGGCCACUCGAAAAAAAACCUCGCUGGAAUUAGAACUGCCAAGUUCCCCAGAUUCUACUGGUGGGACCCCCAAAGGAACUCUUCCUGAUGUCAAUGACCCUCUUCAAAAGAAUUCCAACCCUUACAUCACACCAAAUAACCGCUAUGGACACCAGAACGGUGCCAGCUACGCCUGGCACUUUGAGGCGAGGAAAUCUCAGAUCCUCAAGUGCAUGGAGUGCGGCAGUUCCCACGACACCUUGCAGGAACUCACGGCCCACAUGAUGGUGACAGGACACUUCAUUAAAGUCACCAACUCUGCCAUGAAGAAAGGGAAGGCCAUUAUAGAGUCCCCUGUCACGCCGACCAUCACAACUUUGCUUGACGAGAAAGUACAGUCUGUGCCUCUCGCGGCCACCACCUUCACCUCUCCUUCCAACCUGCCGUCCAGCAUCUCCCCAAAAUUAAACAUGGAAGUCAAGAAAGAAGUUGAGAAGGACAGAACAAUUGCUGAGGAAAAGGUGAAAGACAAAGACAAAUUAAGCGAAGAUGAGGAAAAAUAUGACAUCUCCUCCAAAUAUCAUUACCUGACAGAAAACGACUUGGAAGAAAGCCCGAAAGGGGGACUAGAUAUUUUAAAGUCAUUGGAAAACACGGUCACUUCAGCUAUUAACAAAGCCCAGAAUGGUACCCCAAGCUGGGGUGGAUACCCCAGUAUUCAUGCUGCUUAUCAGCUGCCCAACAUGAUGAAAUUAUCCCUAGGAUCAUCAGGAAAGAAUACGCCUUUGAAGACCAUGUUUGGAAAUGCUGAGUUAGUCUCUCCCACUAAAAGUCAGCCCCUGAUUUCACCUCCAAAUAGCCAGACUUCCCCCGUGUCCAAAACAAAUUUCCAUGCCAUGGAAGAGUUGGUGAAGAAAGUCACGGAGAAAGUAGCCAAAGUGGAAGAAAAACUGAAGGAACCCGAAGCGGGGAAGCUUUCGCCCCUGAAGAGAGCCACCCCUUCGCCGUGCAGCAGCGAAGUCAGCGAACCCCUCAAGAUGGACACUUCCAGUGACGUUGGGUUCAAAAGCCAUCAGAAUAGUCCAGUUUCUCAGAGGGAGAGCUGCAGAGACAGCCCAACCGGAGAACCGAUGGAAAACGGCAAGGAGAUUGUCAAGAAAAUCGCGAACACCUUGACCAGCAGCGCAGCUAUUAUUACCGACCAUCCUCCCGAGCAACCCUUUGUGAACCCAUUAAGUGCGUUACAAUCUGUCAUGAACAUUCAUCUUGGGAAGGCAGCAAAACCUUCUCUUCCUGCCCUAGACCCCAUGAGCAUGCUCUUUAAAAUGAGCAACAGCUUAGCAGAAAAGGCUGCCGUCGCCACGCCACCGUUGCAUCCCAAAAAACCAGAUCACUUAGACCGUUAUUUUUACCAUGUCAAUAACGACCAGCCCAUCGAUUUGACGAAAGGCAAGAGUGACAAAAGCUGCUCUUUGGGUUCAGUGCUUUUGUCAUCCACAUCAGCGUCUUCAGCAUCUUCUUCAUCUACAGUGACAACCGCAAAGACAUCUGCGGUUGUGUCAUUUAUGUCAAACUCGCCGCUACGCGAGAAUGCCUUGUCAGAUAUCUCAGAUAUGCUCAAGAACCUGACAGAAAGUCACACAUCAAAAUCCUCCACACCUUCCAGCCUCUCCGAGAAGUCUGACAUUGAUGGCACUACAAUUGAGGAACCAGAAGAAACGACUCCGGCUCAGAAAAGGAAGGGACGCCAGUCAAACUGGAAUCCUCAACAUUUACUCAUCCUGCAAGCCCAAUUCGCUGCCAGUUUGCAGCAGACGUCGGAAGGGAAGUACAUUAUGUCGGACUUGAGCCCUCAAGAGAGAAUGCACAUCUCCAGGUUUACGGGACUCUCCAUGACCACCAUUAGCCACUGGUUGGCCAAUGUGAAAUACCAACUCCGAAGGACAGGGGGGACAAAAUUCCUUAAAAAUUUAGACACGGGGCACCCGGUGUUCUUUUGUAACGAUUGUGCUUCUCAAAUCAGAACUCCUUCGACGUACAUCAGUCACCUGGAGUCCCAUCUAGGUUUCAGAUUGCGAGACUUGUCCAAACUCUCCAGCGAGCAGAUUAACAAUCAGAUAGCACAAAUCAAGCCCUCCUCUGAGAAACUGUCGGCACCUUCGCCGGAGGAAGAGUUGGGGACUUCCUACCAAUGUAAACUCUGCAACAGGACUUUUGCAAGCAAGCAUGCUGUGAAACUUCAUCUCAGUAAAACACAUGGGAAAUCUCCCGAGGACCAUCUUCUUUAUGUCUGUGAAUUAGAAAAACAGUAGUGUCAACUCUUCUUCCUUUCUUUCUUAGUCACAGACAAGCUACCCGAACCACUGUACUUGGCUUUGAAGAAAACUGUCAGACAUGCUGUUGAGUUUCUCCUUUGCCCCUUAUGCACCCCUGUUCUUGGCACAUAAUUGUUAUUUUAACUCUGGGGGUGUCACUCUAACUCUGGACGAGUCUCAUUUUUUAUAUAUAUAUAACUGUAUAGUGUUUAAUAGAGGUACAUAAUCAGCUGUUGUUACUGGUAAAAUAUGAAGGUUAAAAACUCAGUGGUAAGUGUUUGGAACUUUGUGUAAAUUGGGGUUUUUUUAGUUGCUGUGCGUCACUGUGAUGCCUCAAGCUGCAUGCAUUGACAAGACAGUUUACUUAAGCAUUUAUUAACUAAAAUCAUGGUACACUCUUUUCAUGGCAAAUGAAGUGUGCUGGCUGUUUCUCACCUGUAAAUCUUUAGCCCUCUGAGUACUUUGAAGCACUUUUGCAUUAAUCUGGUUUCCUUUUUAAGGAAAAAACAACAACAAUAUAGACAUGUUUUAUUCUUGGGUUGUUGUUUUUUUGUGAGAAAAAUCCCAUUCUGGCUUAGUAUUUCAUUUUCUGGUCAAGGCAACAAGCCUGAACAAAAAAAGGAUCAGCAGCCAGUCAUGGUAUCAUGUGAUGUUUGAAAGGACACUUCCCCCUUGAGAUGUUGCAAGAACUAUCACCACUUGGACACGUGGACCAACUGAGCAGCAAAUUGGUGGCAGUUCUUGACAUAUCCCAAAUAGGGAUGGAUAAACCAUACAGUUCCAGACUGUCAGUCUUUCUUCCAGGGCACAACAGUCCAGAUGUUCUGAAGAAGAACCAGUAGUUUUCUGGAAGAAGAUCUUCCAGAAGAGGAAAUGGUUCACGAUGAUCCUAAUCGUUUCCUUUUUCCAGAAAAUCUACUUCUAGAUGGAAUGUUCUGGGAACAGUGGGACCAUCAGUCUUUCUUCCAGGGCACACCAGUCCAGAUGUUCUGUAGAGGAACCUGUAGAUUUCUGGAAGAAGAUCUUCCAGAAGAGGAAAUGGUUCACGAUGAGCCUAAUUGUUUCCUUGUCUAGGAAACCUACUUAUAGACCAUUCCGAUAUUCGAUGAUUGAGAUGGUGCUCCCUAUGAGCCAUUCUCUUCCUAAGGGAACAUUUUUUACAUCCCUGCCUUGUUUCAGUGCUGCCAAUAUUUAUAACACAUGCUUUACAAGUUGCAUUAGCUCAUCCAACUGUUUCUUCCAUUGGUUUCCCCCCCCCCCCCCGGUCAACAUCAGAGAGGGGCUGUGUCUUCUGAGACUAGAAUGUGGCCUUUUCAGAGGGCUUUUCGAGUGGGUGGUCCCUCACCCCCACCUCUUCAGCUCUACAUUCCAAUUAACCAGGCUUCACCAAUGAAUUCAGGGUCCAGGCACAGUUGAAUCUGCUGCAGAUUUCCAAGUAAGUUCAAACCUGGGAUUUAACAAAAGGGUUGAAGAGGAUUCGAACACAUCAGCUUUUUCUUUGGCCAAAUCCGCUUCCUCCUUGCCUCUCCCAUUUGUUCCUCAGGCACAUCAUAGAGAUCCUGAUUUGACCACUGAACCCCCAGAGGUGUGUAGGUCCAUAGUCAAUAUAGACUGACCAACCUUUCCAUUUGCCUUCCUGCAUGGAUGGAUGGUUGCAUCAGUGUCUCCCCAAGAAAGCUUGACUUUCGCUAAGUUGCAGCCUUUGCAAGUGGUCAAAAAGAUUAAUCUGAGAUCUGGUUCCUAAGAUCAAUAUCUGGAUAUGUUCUUUGUUGGAAUUAAUAAUCCUCUGUCUAUGCAGGGGUGUGGCACCCAUCUUGAAAUUUGAAAAUAUAUUAUUUUCACAUUGAAACGUGUGUGUAUAUAUUGUACAGAUUUCAGAAUCCACGAAUGAAAAAAAUAAUGUGAUUGUGGACAAUGCCAUUUCUUCUUUGAUGUUUUUAUCGAUGAUGGGUUUUCUACCUAAUAUGCUCUUGAGUCUAAGUGGUACCUAUAAAUAUAUAAAUAUAUAUAUAAAUAUAUAAAAUAAUAAUGUAUAUUUCUUUUCUAGGUCAAAGGGUUUUCUUUUAACAUCCGAACAAUGUAAAUUAUAUGAAAGAUACAACAGAUAGCAUUUAUAAAGUAUUCAGAAACAUUAUUCUUGAAGCAAAGUAUGAUUAUUGUUUUGUUUGCUAUACAGUACAUCUAUAUUGAUAGAGGUUCAUGUUUAAAUUAUGCAUAUUUAUUAGUUAUUUGCUACUUUUUUUAAAAGAAAAAAAAAAGAACAUUCUGAUAAUGAAGCCACGGACUGGAGUGCAUUAGAACUAUUUUGCACAACACAAAUUCUAAAGGUAUUUAUUCGUAAAAUAAUAAUAAAAAAAUUAAACAAUAAUUAAUUCAAGAGAAAGUUCAAAAUCAACUCAGUGCUCAAAGGGUUAAAUCUAUUUGGGGUGGGAGACUUGGAGGGGGAGAAAAAUCUUGUACUGUAUUUCCUAAACAUUGAUAAAAAAAGAGCCUUUAAAACAUUUGUACUGUAAUACUUUGCUUAAAAGUUAUGAGGAUUCUAUGAUAUAACCUCUUAGUUAUUUAUAAGACUCUUGGUUGUUAUUUCAUAUCUGGAAUGCCUUCUGUCUCAUUUUCUUUCUCUCUCUCUCUCUCUCUCUUUUCAGUUGGUAACUUUCUGUUUUGUUCUUCCUAAUUAUUCUCCCAAGAUUUCAUACUGCAGUUUUAUCUUUAAGCAUAUGAAAGGUAACCCGUGGUUACCAGCACACUAAGUGAUUCUCUUCGUCUCCAUUUUUGGCGGUUAAUUUGCAGAAGUAACUGACAGCUGACACCAUAUGAAAAUCUUUGUGUACAAUAUUGGCAUGUAAACAGCACAGACCCCAAACUGCACACUCUGUGCCCUUUUCUGUUGUUGACAAUGUGGCACCAUGAUAUGACUCUUCAUAUAACCUUUUUUUUUUCUACAGCCGCAUUAAAAAUUGUCUUUUUUGCUA